AAUAAAAUACUCCACGCUAGUAGCACAUAAUUGGUUUGGAGAAUGCCAAAAACGGCGUCGUGCACAGGUUUUUGAACCGCCGACACAUUCGACGCGCUUGUUCCAUAAUCAUCAGGCUGUAUGCUUGUAAGACUGUUAAUUUAUAGUCUUUAACCUUAAUUCCAACACCGUUUCAUUUGCUCUGCUCUCCACUAAAGAGUAGUAGACCUUCACCUUCCACUUUUUACCCAGAACAGCUCAAACAAACUAAAAGCACAGAUCUAAGAUCCAAGUCCAACUCAAUUCCAGAUAUUUUCUUAUUUCCAUUUCAUUCUCGAUCUAAAGAUCAAUCAUGUCAAGAAGGCAAGUGAGCUCCACUCGACGGUUUGUUGACACCGGAAGCUUGCCAUUUGCUGGAGCAUUACAUUCUAAAUCGCGUUCUUCGCCUUUAUUAUCCGUUGCUCUUAUCCUUCUUGGCGCAAUCCUUCUUAUUGCCUAUGCUUACAGUGGUCAUGGUAUAUUUGGAGGCAACAAAGAGGCUUUAAGUAAGGUUGAAGGUGACUUUUCGUGUACAUUAGAAGUUCAGAGAGCCAUAUCCAUUCUAAAGAAAGCAUAUGGGGACAGCAUGCGCAAAGUUUUGCAUGUGGGCCCUGAUACUUGUUCAGUGGUCUCUCAGCUGUUGAAAGAAGAAGAAACUGAAGCAUGGGGUGUUGAACCGUACGAUAUAGAGGAUGCAGAUGCAAACUGCAAGAAUUCUAUUCGCAAAGGCAUUGUCCGUGUAGCUGAUAUUAAGUUCCCUCUUCCCUACAGAUCAAAGUCUUUUUCUCUGGUCAUUGUGUCAGAUGCACUGGAUUACCUGUCUCAGAAGUACCUGAACAGGACUCUUCCAGAAUUGGCAAGAGUGGCUUCUGAUGGUCUUGUUAUUUUUGCAGGAUCUCCUGGUCAGCAGAGAGCUAAAGUUGCAGAGUUGUCUAAAUUUGGAAGGCCGGCCAAAAUGAGAAGCUCAUCUUGGUGGGUUCGAUUUUUUGUCCAGACAAGCUUAGAAGAAAAUGAAACUGCUCUAAAGAAGUUUGAGCAAGCUGCAUUAAAGAAGUCAUACAAGCCAACCUGUCAAGUAUUCCAUUUGAAUCCAUACCAUUAAUAGAUGAUGCGAGAUCAUUUAUGAGGUCAAGAAUUUUACAGUUUUGUUUGUCAUGCAAUUAAAGCCCAAACAUAAAAAGAAUUGUAUCUUUAGCUGUCAAAUAAGACAUACCAUAAGCCGUGUAGACAAAUUGAUAACAAAGAAGUUGAUAUCAUCCUAUGUUGUGUCCUUAACAUUACUUGGUCCGUGUUUAUUAAUUUAAUUAAUGGAAAUUUUUUAUAUGAUU